AUGCAAGGUUAUACACACGCCGGCCCUGUUGAUUGCGACAAGCCCUUCGACGCCACAAGCCUCAAGGGAAAGACCGCAAUUGUAACUGGAGGUGCCAACGGUCUGGGAGAAGCUUAUGUUCGCGCCCUCGUUGCCGCGGGAGCAAAUGUCUGCAUUGGCGAUCCUGACGUGAAAAAGGGAAACAUACUCGAAGGACAACUCCCUGGGACCAAGUUUAUUCCCUGCGACGUCUCGAAAUGGAACGACCAAGUCCGACUCUUCCGCGAAGCAGCCUCUUUCUCCCCGACAGAAAAGAUAUCUUACGUCGUUGCCAACGCAGGAAUCCACCGCCAAGAUGAAGUCUUCGUAAACUCCGGCGACGAUCAAGAACUAGCAGAGCCCAAUCUGAGCAUUAUCGACGUCAACAUCAGAGGAACCCUCUAUACGACGAAACUGGCGACACAUUACUUCAUCAAGCAGAACGGACAAAAGCCGUCGCCCGAACAGGAGGAUACAUGCUUGGUUCUGAUUGGCUCGGGGGCUGCUUUCCUGGAUUGUCCGAGGGCUCCUCAGUACUGUGCGAGUAAAUGGGCUAUGCGGGGAAUUAUGCAUUCGUUAAGGAGGACGGCCUUCUACUACGGUAGUCGGGUAAAUGUUAUUUCUCCUUGGUACGUCAAAACGAACAUUCUGUCCGACGAGGCUUUCGACCAUGUUUCCAGUGUUGGAGUACAAUUUGCUGAGGCAGAAGACGCUGGUCAAUGUCUGCUGAGAAUCCUCGGUGAUAAAAGCAUCAAUGGACACUCGAUCUUUGUCUCCGGGAGGAAAUGGACUAGCAAAGGAUACAUGGAUCUGGAUCUGGAUGAUUAUCUGGGCAAUUCAUUUGUAAAUGAGAUCCAAGAGGACCAGGUGAAAUCGGCACCUGUUUCUCUGGGAUUGUUUGUUUGA